GCUUUUCCAAGGUAGAACACUACCAUACGACUGAAAUCCUAAUAAAGCGUCCUAGUGCUGUAGCAUGCAAGCCCUGGCUUGAAUUAUCCCAUCCUAGCAUACGAAUUCUCCUCAUUACAUGCCACGAGUUCCCGAUAUACCAGGAAAACCCGUUCAGCGCCAUUCUGAGCAGGAGUUAUGGCUCAAAAGUCAUGUGGCAAGGCUUUGUGGACUUGGGCUUGAUCAUGAUCGGUUUCCUGGCAGCCAGCCUGUGAGUUUUGGAAUGAAAGAUCUUGGAAAGCUGGAGGCGCAAGACUACUGGGUUUGCGAGAAAUCCGAUGGUGUGCGUGUAUUAUUUCUCGUCCAAACGGACCUUUCGUCAAAUACACAGACUAUCUACUUGAUCGACAGGCGCAACAUCUACUACGAACUGGCGGGAUUCUUUUUCCCCCAUCACGCAGAUCCCAGAGGUCCCCUAAAAGAUACUUUAGUGGAUGGCGAACUAGUCAUUGACACUGACCCCCGCACCGCAAAGACCCUUCGAUUUUUAGCCUUUGAUUGCCUCGUAGUUGACGAGCAGAACGUCAUGUCCAGACCACUUGACAAACGCUAUGGAAGAUUGAAAGACUACUUCUACAAGCCGUACUCUAAGAUGAUAGUUGAUCUUCCUCAUAUGGCUGCUCGUCAGCCCUUCGAGAUCAAAGUGAAAGAAAUUAAUGCCUCUUACGGUAUAGAGAAAAUAUUCAACGUCGACAUUCCCGCACUCCAACACGGCAACGACGGUCUGAUCUACACAUGCGUUAAUGCUCCCUAUAAAGCCGGUACUGAUGAGAAUGUACUCAAAUGGAAGCCCCCAUCAGAAAACUCCAUUGACUUUAAACUGGUUCUCCGUUUCCCACCAUUGAGUUCAAAUCCUAACAAACCGGACUACCGUUCAAAACCUUUUUUUGGCUUGCAAAUAUAUUGUGGCGACGAACGCGGUACGCCCAAAUACGAGCCGUACGACGAACUAUAUGUAGAAGAUGAAGAAUGGGAAAAGAUGAAACUGUCAGAAGAACAGUUUGAUGAUCGAAUAGUGGAGGUGCACUGGAAUCCGGACAUAUCUCGCUGGCGACUUAUGCGGUUCCGAGAUGACAAGCAAAACGGGAAUUAUCGCACUGUGGUGGAAAAUAUCAUUCAGAGUAUCCUUGAUGGCGUCGAGAAAGAAACUCUUCUUGUGCGGUCGAAUUCCAUUCGCAGCGCCUGGAAAGCAAGACUUGCUCAACCUCAACAACCAACUCCUGCAGCUGCCCCACCGUCGCGAGGGCCUUCUGCAUUUCGUUCACCUGUCACGGACUCUGCACAUCCCCGCCCAUCGCACUCCGGACCGGUUGUACAUCCACCACCACCUGAAGUCAGCCUCCGAUAUGGUCCCAUUGCUACAUCACGUUGGAGCAGAGUUGCCGGUCCGUCAAUGGUAGCUGGAAUGUAUCGUUAGAUCCUCAUCGCUUCCUUUCCUCAUUGCGUCACCCAUCCACCAGCCUACAUACAAGUUUCGCUCUAAUGAUUCAACGUCUACUUCGCGAGCUAGCUUCCAAGCGACUGCCCGCCGUGUCUCGCCUAUGCCUAUAGUAAUCAUGGUAAUCGCUUUCCACCUUGCCAUAUGCACUUAUCCCACUCUCUUUGUACAACCCCCUUGGUGGCUGCGCACCCACUCGUCAUCCGGCCGCGUCGCGUAUCUCGUUCUCGCAUCUUCCGCUGUGCAAAUCGGUGAAAUUUCUCCUUGAUAAUGUGGUCAGUCGGGCUUUGCGGGUCUUGCUCGUCUUCUGAAUCACCGGUAUCAGUCUCCUAAUAGUUUUCUGCACCCGGAUGCACUCACAUCGGGUGGCUCGAGUGAUGGAGCGAAAUGGAACCGCUGAAGAUAGUGGAUUGUGAUAAUUAGCUUUACGGUGUCUCAUGCUGUGUUACUUACUACGUAGGAGCUAUUAAGAAUCUAGAAACCGAUAGUUCCUGGAAACGAACUAGUGAUGAGCCUUCCUCUCGGUGUUCUCUUUCGUUAUCAAAAACCAAAAUGUAUUUCAAAAAAAAACAAUUUAUGGCGUACAAUACUGAG